AGAAAAAGCAGGUGAGAGGAAGCCUCGAGUAUGCAGACGGGACCCUCACUGGUGAGGACAGAGCCUCGGGGGAGCCUCGCUCCGGCAGCCAGGAGGCGCAGACGGCAGGCCUGCGCUGGGCGGAAGCCUAGAGCCGCCUCGUCGGAAGAGGCUGUGUGGUCUUGGAUCUGGGCGCAAGGCAGACGCCUGAGAGCCUACGUUUCCCUCGGCACCGGAGAGCGCCCGACUGACGCGUCAAAGUCUCCUGCGGCUCACAAAGACCGGGGGUCUUGUUUCCCGGGACGUUUCAGGAAAGAGCACUCGCCCUCCCGCUUCCGGUCGGGUCGCCCGGCUCCUUCCGCCCCUCGUGUGUUUGGCGGGACUCACCGCGCGACGGGCCGUCAGGUGCUGGCGUGUGCAGUCUGAGUUCCGGAGACUCGAACCGUGAGAACGUCGCCAUGCCUAAAGCACCAAAGGGAAAAAGUGUAGGACAAGAAAAAAAAGUCAUCCAUCCAUAUAGUAGAAAAGCAGCUCAAAUUACAAGAAAGGCCCACAAACAAGAAAAAAAGGAAAAAUUGAAGAAUGAAAAGGCGUUGCGUCUCAGCCUUAUUGGUGAAAAACUGCAGUGGUUUCAAAAUCAUCUUGAUCCCAAAAAAGUAGGAUAUUCAAAAAGAGAUGCUUGUGAAUUAAUUGAAAGGUAUUUGAACCGAUUCAGCAGCGAGCUGGAGCAGAUUGAGUUGCGGAACAGCUUCAAGGACAGGCAGGGCCGGAGGCACUGCUCUCGGGAGGCGGCCAUCAGGCAGACUCUGGAGCGGGAGCAGCAGCAGUACCAGGCCUAUGGCCUCGAGAUUCCAGACAUUUUAAAUGCAGAUAAUCUGAAAACUUUUAGGGAAUGGGACUUUGAUCUGAAGAAGCUGCCAAACAUUAAAAUGAGAAAAGUCUGUGCUAGUGAUGCGGUGCCCAAGAAGUGUAAGAAGAAAGCUGUGACAGCUGUAGACAGAGAUUUGGGGGAGUUGGAACUGAAAGAUGAGUCCAGUGACACAGACGAGGAAAUGACUGCGGUGGCUUAAGUGUCUUUGCUUGAGUUGAAAAUAAAUAAUUUGAGAACUUCAAGUUAUACUUAAUUAUAGUAAAUAAUUGUCUCAGCACACGAAUUUCCUGUUUUAUCUUACUCUUAUAUUUUCAGUUUCAAAAACUGUGUGGCAAUUUUUACUUAAAAAUGAAUGUUGCUUUUCAUGUACAUUAAGUUAUUAGCAUAGAUAGAAGUACUCUGCAGAAUCCAUUUAAUAUAAAUUUCUGGGUUUGGGAGACCAAUAUGAGAACCAAAAUGUUACAAUUUUUUUUAUAACAUGUUUACUUAGAAUCACCUAAUAUCUCAUUUUGGGGCAUAGGCAGUAGCUAUUUUGCUAGAAGGUUAAGGUGGGUGCUUCUUGAGUAAGCAGUGAUGACAGCAAAACUGCCUUUUAGCAGUGUUUUUCACUGUUCUUCCUCUUACACAUCAAACCUGUUUUCUUUCCUUAUAAAAUAGGGGAAAUGUGAUAUAGGAUUUAUAUACACUUAUGGAUUGUACAUGGCUGUUAUUUAUUAUCUUUGACCCAGAGUUAGGUAAAUGGUUAAGGAAGAACCACCAGCUUAUUCUUCUGUGGAUCCCCUAUUCCUUAGCCUGGUGUCUAGAUAAAGGGGAUAAAUGAUUUCAGGUUGGCUAGUUCUCUUUGUAUAUUAUUUUUUACUUUCUCGUUGUGAAAAGCAUUAGGUUUUAUUUGUGGAAACAGAACUAAGGAUUAGAGAACUAGUUAUUUCAGUUGUCUUAUUUCUUCAGAGAGAGAGGUUAAAUUGACAUGUAAACUCAGUGUUUCUAGCAUCAUGAAAACAUGACUGUGGUAGUAUGUUCUUAACAGAACUUGUUAAAUGCAAGUUUCUUCUGGCCUGUUUUCUGAAGAGUGCAGUGAAAGUGCAUUUUCAAGGGAAAAAAAUUCUGUAUGAGGUAACCAGGUAUCAACUGUCUUGUUAACAGCUUUUUUACUUCAGAAGGUUAAAAAUAAAACUUAUUUUAUAAUUUUAC